CACCGCUUGAAGACUCAAAUACUUAAAUAGAUGGAUGAAGUUGUGAAAAUUUUGGAAGAAAUUUCCUCUUCCAUAUACCAUAAAACUUUAUCGUAUCAACCGGAUGAUGUUAUAAAUUAUGUUGGUCUACAAGAGUGUCGUGUGAUAUAUCUAACAGAGACUGAAAAUGAAGUUGUUGCCAUAUUGAAUGAAAAUGAUGAUCGAAUGUUGCACUCACUAUCCUCAACAGUUGCGGUGAUUAAAAGACAAGCAACGUUGGACACAUCAACAAGCAUAAGAAAUCAGUUGAUUCUUCUGAGCUUUCCAACCUCAAACACUUCGAGUGAUAGUGAGUUUUACAUUGAAAACUUGAAGUCUUUGGUGAAAUAUGGCGUGGGCUCAUAUUUUAAUAUACUUGACCAAAAGCACCAACUUGAAGGUUUUUCUCUUCAUGCUAUAGGAAACACAAAACUUAAAAUCAAAAAUAUGCUAUUAGAUAUACAAGGCUUACAGCAAACGAUACAGCCGCCAGACCUACUUUUAGACAUUCCUGACCCAAUUCAAAAGUGGUUACAAAGCAAAGAAGGAAAAGAACUAUCACAAGCAUUAGAAGAAAGUGCUGAUCUAAUCGAAGACGUUCAUUUUCUUAACUUGGUUCAAUCAUUGGUUCAUACUUGGGUGAAAAAUAUUCAAAGCAUUAUUCAGCUUGACCAUAACCCACUAGAUGGAACAGUUCGUGACGAAAUCACAUUUUGGAAUGCAAAAGAAAGCGCUCUUAACACAAUCAAAACACAGCUCGCCUCACCAAACGUAUCUCUUAUAUUGGAUCUGCUGAAGAUCAGUAAGAGGUCGCAUACUGCAGUGGCUUUAAUAUCAAGUUUGUCUGUUAAAGAUUCGCUGAAGGUAGCUACCGUAAACAACAACUUUCUCAAAAAUUUGACUAUAAAUAAUGUCUAUUCUGCAGAAACGAUUUCAAACUUGCAAUUGGCAAUUGGAGAUGUGUUUGAAAAUUUCAAAAAAAUAAAAAUUAUUAGAUACCCUAUAGAAAAGGCUGUUGUUUUAUUGAGGCUAAUCACAAAAGACUUUGAGUCAAGAUUAAUUGAUAUUUUAUCCAAAUAUAAUUUAUUCCAAGUAGAUGCUAACGAAUUUGAGAGCAUCUUGCAACAAAUUGAAACACAACUAGACUUCUUCGACAAUAAUGUAAGGGCUGUGAUUAAUCUACUAAGGGGCAUGUUACGGAAACAGGAAAAUAUUUUUAUACCUAUCAAAAUUGAAACGCCUAAUUUUAUAAAAGAAAGCAUGCACGAAAUCAAAGCCAUCAGAAAUGACCAUGAAAGCUUUAACAUUUCGAUAAUGUCCUUGGUUGAUGAGUUUGAGUCCGCUCCUGAUCGUCAGCUUCCCAUUUGUCAACAGUUAUAUAAUGAAUCCCAAGUUGCAUACAGCUCGCUUUCAACUUUGCCUUUGAACAAGAUUUUUGAGAAAGAGGGGACGUAUUUUAAUUCUCAUAAAACAACAUAUUAUCAGCAGAUCUCUUUUGUUGAAAGAAAGCUCGUCAAUGUUAUAAAAAGCUUGCUUGCAGUUGUAAGCAAUGAACCAAGUGCACUAUUUGUAAUUUUUCGAAAAUUUAAUUUCUUGCUCAGCAAACCUCAGAUCAGAUUAAUGCUUCAGCAGUAUUAUACAAUUUUGCUUAACUCAACAGAGAAAGAACUUGACUACUUAGAAACCCAAUUUAUAUACCAGUCACAAAUUAAAGAUAUUUUAUCGCUAAGACAUCUUCCAACUUUUUCUACAAAAAUGGUAUGGAUUAAGCAAGCUCUAAACUCAAUUGCAAAAAUAUUUAGUCAUCUUGAACUUAUAUUAACGAAACAAUGGUCCAAUUAUCCUGAGGGAAAAAGAUUUUCAGCGAGAAUAUCACUGUUACUGUCUGAGAUUGAUAUUGAUGGCCUUCUAGAUGCCUGGAGUACUGAAACUAAUAAACGUAUGAAUAACUCAAUAUUGAAGUCACGCGUAUUUCAGGAAACUACUCUCAAAAAUGGAGAUCCACAAUACCUGAUUAGCAUGGAUUAUGCUGACCUUGAAAUUGGUCAGGAGCUGAAAUGCUUGAAGCUUCUUGGAAUGAAAAUCCCGGCCUCUAUAAUGACAUACUCGGGAAAAAUAAGCUCUAUCUAUAAAUACGCUUCGCUUUUUGACGAAUUAUUAAGACAAUUUUAUGAUUUACAUCAAAAGGUGUCCCUUUUAAAGGACUUAGCUAUUCUAGUAAGUCCUACAAUAAGAGAUAUAAUUUCCAAUAUUCAGUAUUUGAGCUCUCAAACUUGGCUCGAUGUUUCAAAAUCCGAAGAACCGAUAGACGCACACACAUGUGAAAAUAGUCGUCUGGUUGGAUCUAUCAAUCAGUUCCAGACAAAUGUUUCCAGCUUAUCUGAUGACUUAUACAAGAUAUUGGAAAUGAAAGAGGAAUACUAUUCACAUCUACAAAAGAUAGAACAUUGUGUAUUUGAUUCACGUAUUCUUUCGGAGAAUAUUGCAAACUUUCAGAAGUUAAUUGAAAAACUUGUUGAUCAAAAAUCACCCAACAAAGUUGGUUUUAUUGAUUUUGUUAACGGCAAGUUAGAACAGAUACUCGCCAAAAAAUGCAAACUUGAAAUGGAGAGAUUUCAUAGUCAGUGGACACUUGAAGAAGCGCAAAUUUUUCAUGAUGUUAGGACCCAUAAAAUUGUUGUUCAUGAUUUAUCCAUAAGUCUUAGUCCUGAAAUUCAAGCAUCCAAGCAAUAUUUUCUGGAGUACUUGAACUCUUUGAUUUUGUCGGUGAAAACGCAAAAACCUUUGUUUGCACCUACUUAUGAUAAAGAAACAAUUGACAGAAAAUUCAAAUUUGAUGGCUACGAGCUUCAAGCCUCCUAUAAAAGAUGUUUUGAGAUAGUUCAGAGCAAGAUCGGUGAAUGUGAGAGCUUUUUUGCAAAAUGGAAAUCAUUGCAGUUUUUAUGGGAUAAUGAAGAUUUGAAGCUCAAAUUCACAGCUAGUCAAGACUUAGAGUUGUGGCUACAGAUUUUAACAAAAUUCAGAGAAAUGAGAGAGGUUUUUGACACCCCAGAAAGCUCAAAAGCAUUUGGUCUUAUUAAGGUUGACUACCAACAAGCGCAAAACAGGAUAUAUUCUAAGUUCGAUUCGUGCCAGAGAUCACUUCUUGAGUCUUACGGAUUGGUCUUGAAAUCGCAAUUGCAGAUAGAGGCACAAGAAUUACGAAAAGUCAAAGUGGAGUCCGAAAGUCAGAUAUUUGAUUUGAGUAAUCCAAUUUCAACUAUUUCAGUUCUAUCAUCUUUGGUCACUAAUAAACAUUAUUUGAAUUCGAAGCUUGCUGUUUUUAACAGUUUGGAAAAGGGGCAGAGUAUACUCAGAAAAUACAGAUAUAAGUUUACUUCAGAUUGGAUUUUUUUCAGCCAGAUAAGUGAUGAUAUUGAAGGACUGAAAGCAUUAGACCUGAGAAACCUAGAAUAUUUAAACUCACAUAGUGAUAUAGUUCAAGCAGUGUUGAAAGAAGAGAUACAAAAUAUAAUAAAAAUCACAUUAGCCACAAAAACCAAAUGGCAGAAACAAAAGCCGGAUCAAAAAUCUUCGGUUCAAAAUGCUAUAAUGAUACUACAAAACUUUGAGAAUUCUUUCAAUGUGAUAGAAAUGUCAUACCAGAAGUUGCAUAAAGCAUGUAUUAUGGUUGGGUUAUCUAUAGACAUUGAUUUGAGUAGAGAAUUUGAAGAAAUCAAGCACUUACAGUAUAUAUGGAGCUACAUUAUGAAACUUUACAACGCUUUGGAUAGUAUCAAAACGGUGGAGUGGUUUUCAUGCAGUAUUAAUGAAGUUAAAUCUACGUUGGAGGAUUCAUUAUCAUUAUCCAGAACACUACCUGUUAAUAUUCGCUCUUAUCCGGCGUUUGAAAGCGCUCAAAUGAAAAUAAAAGAAGCGCUCAAAUGUAUUCCAAUCAUCAGAUCACUACAGAAUGAUGUUAUCAAAGCAUCACACUGGAUUGAAAUCUUUGAGCAUAUCAAAUUAAAAAAAGUGCCAGAAGUUUUCUGUUUAGGCGAUGUUUUAGAUUUGGAUCUUUCCAAGAACGAAAAGUAUAUCAAAUCUAUAAUAACCAAAGCUGAAUCCGAAGCAGUGUUGGAAGUCACUAUCAAUGGGAUAGAGCAAUCAUGGGCUACCUACAAAUUUGAGGUAUAUCAAAUGAGGCCUCAUAUAAAAUUGAUAUCAGGCUGGAGUGGUUUGCUCUCCAACAUAGAAGAUGACAUCAAUAUUCUAGAGUCAGUAAAAGUGUCUCCUUACUAUUCUACUUUUGCUCAUCGUGUUAAAAAUUUUGAAAGUAGGCUAGCUUUAUUGUCACAAAUUAUUAAUAUCUGGCAUGAGGCACAGAAGCAGUGGGUAUAUCUUCUGGGAAUUUUUGAAAACAAAGAACAAAUAGGAAAGUUGAUUCCUAGAGAUUUAUCAAAAUUUGAGAACAUCUCAUUCGAAUUCAAUCAUUUAACAUCCAGUGUUUUAUCGGCCUCUGUAGCGCUUGACAUCACAGAUAUCCCUGACAUUUUAAAAAAUAUACAAAGAUUAUCCGAUUCAUUAUCAAAGAUUCGAAUCUCACUCGUUGGAUAUUUAGAGAAGCAAAGAGAAAUGUUUCCACGGUUCUAUUUCAUGGGAAAUGAUGAUUUGUUAGAGCUGCUUGGAAAUUCUACAGACUCCUUGGUGAUCUCAAAACAUAUAAAAAAACUAUUUCCAGGAAUCUCGCUGCUGAACUACGACAAAACCUUGAUGCUAAUCAAAUCCGUUAUAUCUGCGGAAGGUGAAGAGGUCAUACUCAAAAAUCCAGUUUCGUUUAAUAGUGCAGGGCUGAUUGAUUGGUUGACAAGCCUAGAUCUAAGUAUAAAAUCAACUUUGUCGGGAUUAUUGAUCGUACUAGUUGAAGAACUGAAUAGGUUGGCUUACAAUUUAGAACUGGCAAAAGUACUUGAACUUUUAAGUUUGUAUCCAAGUCAAAUAUUUAUAUUGGCUUUUCAAAUUUACUGGACAAAAAUUAUUGAAAAAGCAUCAUCCUUUGGUGAAUUCUCCUCCCCGAUUGAUGAGUUGGAGCGGCUCAUUAAAGGUCUUACCAAUGUGAUUACUAGUGAUGUUUCAUCCUUGUCAAGAGUUAAAAUUGAGAAUUUGAUAAUUGAACUGAUGCACAAGCAAGACAUUAUUAAUAGUUUGAAGGAAGAAAACUCUUCUUCAGAUAGUUUUGUUUUGUUCUGCGAACAGAGAUUUUAUUUAGGAGAAGAUUUUACCAAUAAAACAAGAAAUGUUCAAAUUAUACACGGAAACUAUGUUGCAACUUAUAGUUAUGAGUAUUUAGGUGCCAUCAGGAAACUUGCUUACACUCCUUUGCUAACUUCCACUUUUGCCUUGUUAAGCGAAGCCUUAGACCAAAAUCUUGGUGGGUUACUUUUAGGGCCUGCUGGAACUGGAAAAACGGAGUCAGUCAAAGCUUUAGGUCAUAGUCUUGGACGCCCAGUUUUUGUUUUUUGCUGUGAUGAAACUUUCGAUGUAGAAUCAGUGAGCCGUAUUAUUAUGGGCAUAAGCCAAGUGGGUGGUUGGGGUUGUUUUGAUGAAUUCAACAGACUUGAAGAAAAUAUACUUUCUGGUAUUUCAACAAAGAUAGAGAAAAUUCAAAAUGCUUUAUCCACUUCCAGUCGCAAAGUGGAAUUACUUGCAAAGUCUUUUGUGAUUAACAAAAACACCGGCCUGUUUAUCACAAAUAAUCCAAAUUAUGAAGGAAGAUCCACUUUACCUGAUAAUAUCACAAGUAAGUUCCUUUCUUUUAGCUUAAUGGUGCCUGAUUCUGAAACCAUUGCAAAAGUUAUUCUAGCAACCAAAGGAUUUACAAACGCAAGUUCUUUGGCUGUUACUCUUGUCCAACUCUUUGACAACAUGAAAAAUUCUUGUUCAGUGCAAAGACAUUAUGAUUUUGGAUUACGAAGUUUGAAAUCCGUAAUCGUCCAUGCCGGCAAAAUGAAUCGCAGUAUGCCUUCUAACAAUGAAUACAACUCCGAACUACAGGUUUUACAAAGAAGCUGCUAUGAUGUUAUUCUUCCUAGAUUAUUGCCCGAUGAUGAACAGAUAUUUUCAGCUGAAAUUUCAAAGUUUAAUUUACCCUACAAACCAUCAAAUGACUAUGAAGACUUUAAGACUAUUUUGUCAGAAACGGCAAAACUGAAAGGCUAUACUGCAACUAAAAGUUGGCUGCUCAAAUGUAUGCAAAUUUAUGAAAUUCAGAAGAUAAAUCAUGGGCUCAUACUUGUUGGCUCCUCGUGCAUGGGAAAAACAGUGUCCUUUUCUUGUUUUUUGGAAGCAUUAUCAAGAUACAGUACGGUGCAAAACGAAUGUUAUAGAAUAGAUGCCAAUGUUCUGAAUAAACAUUCCAUCUUUGGGGAGUUAGACUACGCCACUAGAGAAUGGAAGGACGGAAUUGUUACUGCCAUUUUAAGGCAAGCAAGCAAUAAUAAUAAAAUCAAUAAAAGGAUCUGGAUAAUAUUCGACUGUAAUAUUGAUCCAAACUGGGUGGAGAAUUUGAAUAGCGUCUUGGAUGAUAACCGCUUACUCACCCUCCCAAAUGGAGAACGAAUUACUUUACCUGAAAAUAUGCGAAUUGUUUUUGAAACUGAUAGCUUAAAACAUGCCACUCCAGCAACUGUAAGCAGAUGUGGAAUAGUCUUAUUCAACAAACCUCACUUCGCAAUCUGUGAUAUAUUCAGAGAGGCGCUAGUUAACUUCAAGAAAAAUAAAGUCAGAAAUGAUGAUGAUGCUUAUGACAAGACUUUGAUAUCUCACAACCUCACGACCCAUGAUUUUAGAGAAAGUUUCGUUAAUAUAAUGUUUGAUCUGGUGGAUAGUUCUUCCCUUGAACAUCUUUCGAAACUAUCCAAAGCAUUUACAUACGUUAUGCAUGUUAGUGACUUCAAGAUAAUUUCCAGUCUUGUCAAUUUCAUGAAGCAAACAUUAAAAAGGCUUUUGGACUUUAUUGAAAUACAUCCACAUAUUGCACGUAACAAUUUUGACGCUUUUUUCAAAAAAGAAACCGUUCAGAUUCUUAUAUGGUCAUUUGCUAGUGAGCUAACGUAUGAUGAUAGAGAAGCUUUUGCUAAAGAGCUUUUGGAAAUACCCAACUUCCAUCAUGUUGUGCCUGUUUCCGAUGCGAAAGAUCUACUUCACGCUCAUGUGUGUCUUCCGGGGGGCGAUCUUGAAAAUUAUAACAGUGAGCUGCAAGAAGUUGAUAUUCAACCUGAUAGAAUACUUGGGCCUGGGAAUGUAAUUUCAACUGUCGACACGUGUAUUUAUGAAAAAUUGAUAUUUUCGACUUUAGAUCAGCACAAGUCUUUGAUAUUGUGUGGCCCUCCUGGAUCUGGUAAAACCAUGCUUUUGCUUUCGUGCAUAAGAAGGUCCGUUGGAUUUGAGCUUGUUGGAAUGAACUUCUCUAAAGAAACUACAGUCGAUUCAGUACUGAAAGCCUUAGAACAAUCAUGUGAGUAUAAAAAAAAUGUCAACAAUAUAACUCUGGGUCCAAAAAUCCCGGGCAAGUGGAUAAUACUAUUUUGUGAUGAAUUGAACUUGCCGAAAUCAGAUGUGUACGGAACUCAACAAGUGAUCCAGUUUUUGAGGCAAUUGGUGACAGAAAAUGGAUUUUGGCACCCAAAAACUCGGGUUUGGGUGACUAUUGAAAAUAUACAGUUUGUUGGGGCUUGUAAUCCGAUUUCAACUUCUGGCAGAAACUCCAUGACUGAUCGAUUCACCAAUUUUUGUACAACUAUUAUGGUGGAUUAUCCCUCUCUUGAGUCUUUGGGAAGAAUUUACGGUGUUUACUCAAAAUCUAUUUUGAAAACAAUUCCUGAUCUCACCAAAUAUUCGGAUUCUUUUUCCAAAUCAUUAAUUGAGACUUAUGUGAGAUAUCAAACGCACUUUAAAGAUUCAUUAAGACCUCAUUAUUUAUGCUCCCCUCGUGAACUUACUCGGUGGGUAAAAGGUGUUUAUAUUGCUUUGAAACCGCUGAUUUCAUGCAGUUUAGAGAAUUUGAUUCGGCUUUGGGCGUAUGAAGCUCUAAGAUUAUUCUCAGAUAGACUGGUUUUGAUAAAUGAAAAAAGUUGGUUUUUUGAUACAAUGGUCGAUAUCGCAAAAACUCAUUUUCCGCAUACCAAUCUUUCAAAAGCUUUAUCACAGCCCAUUCUUUUUUCCGACUGGCUCAGCUAUGAUUACCAGUCAGUUGAUAAGAAACAACUCGAGACGUUUCUUAGGGGAAGAUUCAAUGUGUUCAAUGAAGAGGAAUCAUGGGUUGAUAUUGUUUUAUAUGAGGAUUUAUUAGAUCAUAUUUUAAGAAUUGACCGAGUUUUGAAACACGUCCAAGGCCAUAUGAUUCUAGUCGGCCCAAGUGGCAGUGGUAAAACCACGCUUACAAAAUUUGUGUCCUGGAUGAAUGGGAUCCACCCUGUCCAGCUAAACGUUUCCAAGCAUUUUAGUUUAAGGGAUUUUGAUGAAAUUUUGAAAGGGCUAUUAUUUCGAGCAGCUGUUAGAGGUGAAAAAAUAUGUUUUAUUAUAGACGAAUCCACAAUUCUAGACGACUCGUUCUUAGAAAAGAUGAAUACAUUGUUAGCCAAUGCGGAGGUUCCUGGGCUUUUUGAUGGGGAAGAGUAUGAAAAUUUGAUUAGUUCAUGUUUAUCUGCUUCUAGAAAUGAAGGUUUAGUACUAGAUUCGUCGGAGGAAGUAUACCAAUGGUUCGUUCAGCGUAUUGCUAGCAACUUUCAUGUAAUCUUCACAAUGAAUGAUAAUGAUGAAACAAAUCCAUUUAUUUCAUCACCUGCACUCUAUAACCGUUGUGUUUUAAAUUGGAUGGGCAAUUGGUCUAAAACUUCUUUGGAAACCGUUUCUAGAGAAGUAACCAAAGGUAUUCCACUUGACAAUUCUGAGUAUAAGAUUGAGGAAACAAAGGGAACGUUUACUGGUUUGAGAAAGGUAGUCACAAGUCUUCUAGUUUUAAUUCACACUCAUGUUGGAGAAUUAAGUGGCCAUAUCACUCCCUCACAUUUUUUAAACUUUUUGAAGACAUUCUCUUCCAUAUAUACUCAAAAAGAAAGCACUUUGCAAGAGAUGAACUCCCACGUUAAUAAGGGCUUAACACACUUAAAAGAAGCAUUCCUUAAAGUUAAGCGCCUUGGAGUCAUUAUGGCAGAAAAGGAAGAAAAGCUAAGAAUCGAAGAUGAUAAAGCAAGGGAGCUUCUUAACAAAAUGAUUACUGAUCAAAAUGAGUCAGAAAGAAAACAAGACAUGUCGAUGAAGAUGCAACAGUUGUUUGCCGAUCAAGAAAAAGAGAUUAUCAAAAGGAGAGAAGUUGUUAUGAAAGAGUUGAAUGAAGUUCAGGAUUUGAUUGAAGAAGCCCAAAAAGGAGUUUUAGAUAUAAAAAAGCAGCAUUUGACUGAAUUGCGAUCGAUGCACAACCCUCCAGAGACAAUAAAACUUGUCCUGGAAUCUAUUUGCUUCAUGCUGGGUUACAACGUCCAAAACUGGAGAGAUGUUCAGCACGUUAUUAGACAAGAUGACUUUAUCGCCAGUAUAAUUAAUUUCAAAGGAGACGAGCAAUUGACUUCUGAAAUUCUUUUAUACAUGGAAAACCAUUACUUGUCCAAAAAUAACUUCAACUAUGAGUCCGCUAACAGGGCUAGUAAAGCGUGUGGUCCUCUUUUUAUGUGGAUAAAGGCACAACUAAAGUUCUCUGCUAUUGUUGUGAAAUUUAGUCCUCUAAAAAAUGAGCUUGAAAAGCUUGAGGGGAAGUUGGUAGACACCAAAGCAAAACUGAUUGCAAUAAAUAGCUUGGUAAAGGAUUUACAAGACGAAGUUGAGAAAUACAAGAUACAAUACAGUGAGACAAUCCGUGUCAAAGAAAAUAUUCGAAUUGAAAUGGAAAAUGUCAGGCAAAAACUUGAUCGGAGUGUGAAGCUACUAUCUAGUUUGGGUAGUGAGCGUCAAAGAUGGGAAGCUAAUGUUUUAGAUUAUCAGCAACAAAAAGAGACCAUGGUUGGUAAUAUCAUCUUAGUUUCAGCUUUCACUACUUAUUGUGGUUUUUUGGCACCAACAUUUAGAACGAAACUACUUGAUGCAUGGAAGUCGCUACUCAGUGAAAAACAAAUCCCAUUUAGCACUGAAGAGGGUCAACUUUUAACAACUUACAUUUUCCCAGCAGAUAAUGUCAUCGAAUGGCAAAACUACGGUCUCCCAAAUGAUGAACAGUUUAUAGAUAACACCGCCAUUUUGGCUUCCCCCUUUGACAAUCGUUUUUCUUUUAUUAUUGAUCCUUCAGAGUUGUUGAUACCUUUUUUGAUUCGAUUGACGGAACCUAAGCAAUUAGUGAUAACGAGUUUUUUGGAUCCUAAUUUCAAAAAGAAACUUGAAAAUUGUGCAAAAUUUGGCGGUACUAUUUUGCUUUGCGAUGGUGAGUAUUUUGACCCCGUUAUCAAUAGACUUAUUGCCAAAGAUGUUCGUGUUAUGGGUGCUGGUAGAACGGUGGUCAAAAUCGGGGACCGGGACGUUGAUCUGUCUCCUGAUUUUGAGUUGUAUAUUCAUACAAGAGAUUCGACAUUAGAGGUAUCACCUUUUAUUUCAAGCCGAAUGAACAUACUCAACUACUCAUUUACUUCUGAAACAAUGAUAAAUGAAGCACUUAACUUGACUUUGGAAGUGAGAGAUCCUGAGGUUGAGGCUAAGAGAUUAUUGUUAACAAAAAAGAACACUGAAUGUAAGGAACAGCUGAAAAAGUACGAAAAGGAGUUGUUAGAAUUACUCAAUUCAAGUGAGGAUAAUAUUUUAGAUGAUGAUAAAUUGUUAUCAAAAUUGGAGACUCUCAAGCAGGAAACUAAGGUGUUGGAGACUCAAAUGAUAGAGUCUGCUUCAAUGAUACAUAGCUAUAAUACAAUUCGGAAUGAAUUCAGAGCAUUGGGAGAAUUGUAUGCUAAACUAACAACAGUCUUUGACAAGCUAGUUGCUGUUAACAAAAACUAUGUUUAUCCAAAAGACGAGUUGAAGAAAAUAUUACGUGGGUCCCUUGAGUUCAAAUUAUCUUCAACUGUUGAAACAAUAAUAACUGAGUUUUCCCAGCGCACUUACCGAGAAACAUCUAGUUCCAUAUUGGAGAAAGAUAAGGGAAUUUUAAAAAGAUUAUUGGAUCAUUUUGUUGGUGUAGCAAAUUAUGAGGAUAUGAGUUUGAGUGAAAAUGUCAGAAAAAAUCAGAUCAUACUGCUGAGAUCUACCAAAGGUAACGACGCUACCAUUAGAAUCAAAGAGAUAUCUUUGGGGGAAAAUGUUGAGCUCGUUAAAUAUGCAAUGGGAUCGAGUGACGACUGUGAUGUUGCUAGCAGGAUGAUCAUGGAGUUGAAAGGAUCCAAGACUUGGCUUGUCAUUGAAAAUAUCGAAAUGUCAAGUGAAUUUUUGGAGCUUAUUAACGAAACUAUUUCCAUACUUAAAAGCGGUGAUAUAGCAAAAGAAGAAAAGUUCAAAUUGAUAUUAACUAGCAAAAUUGAAUCCAAGCUACCUCCUUUGCUUCUGAAAUCGUGCAAGCAAAUUGUUAUUGAAAAUGAGCAAGGAUUGAAGAAGAACAUGAUAGACCAGUUGCUCAAUGAUACCAGUCCUUUAAGCCUACACAAGCUCAACAACAUCAAGCCCAAAGAACUUAAAAAACUUUACUUGGUCCUUGUUUGGUUUUUCUCUUUACUUUUAUCACGGCUACGAUUUAGCAAAGGUGGGUUUACCAAAAGAUACGAAAUCAGUCAAUCAGAUCUACGUAACGCCGAAAAAUUUAUUGGUAAAUUCAUCAUUUCCAAAUACGAAACCGAUGAGGUCGAAUUUGAAGUAAGUGCAGAAAUGCUUGAAACAGUCGGAAAAAUGAUCUCUUCUCUGAUUUUUGGUGGUAAGUUUGACGACCAUGGUGACUUGCAGGCGUUGCAGAGAUGCGGAUUUGCGCUAUUCCGAAGUGGUAUGUUGGGCUCACACUUCAAUAUAUUAGAGUUCGGCGGAAGUGACAAACUCUCGGCACCUGAAGGUUACAAUACAAUGGAUUAUGUCGAAUGGAUCAAGAACUUACCGGAAAAGGAACCUAUGGAUUGGUUGGGUUUGCCCGAGGACGCAGAAACGACGCAGAGAGAGAUUAUAGAAAGGAAGAGUACAGAAGCCUUUCAAAGAAUUUUGGAAGCCAUUUAG